GCAACAAAGCCAAUGAGACACUUGGUUGAUGAUAUCGAAAGUUUCAAAGUAUGGCAGAGGCCACAGGGCCGUUGAAUAUCUCCCUAGAGGAGUCGGUACCAUUUGUUACUAUUCUUACAAUUACUGGAGUGACAUCCAUCGCGGCUAAUUUGCUAAUCGUCGGAAUAACUUGCAAGAAUUCUCAAAGGAGAAAGGUGCAUGACUUGUUCACCUUGCAUAGCAGUUUAGUGGAUUUGCUAACCGCAUCAGUGGUGGUACCAUUCUGGAUUUUGUCCACCAUCCACAGUAGAACAAAUUUCGUGGGUGAUAUCUAUUGCAAAGUCAGCGCUACCUUAGGCCUAGUGGAACUCUUGGCUCCUGCUAUGUUCCUGAUGCUGGUUGCCACCAGCAGGCAUUGUUCAGUUAUCGACAAGAUGGCUUUCCCCAGAAUAUUCAGCGAUUUUAGGUCAAAUAUGAUGGCUGUGAUUGUAUGGUUGUUUUCAUUUUUGAUCAGUAUUCCUCCCCAUGUUGCAUGGCCAGCUUCUCCGGAGAUCCACUGUCUCCCAGAUUUGGUGACUAAUUCUUGGUAUACCACUUCAGUUCUAUCAUUUUGCUUCCUAUUGCCGCUCAGCGCAGCGUUCUACACACACAUUUAUGACAUUUUCAUCUUUCAACCGGAGCGAAUGAAGCGAGAUGACUCAAUGAGGAGACGUUGCGAGAUUUAUGGGCUGCGAGGAAGCGAGCGAACCACUCAGAAAGUGUUUUUUGUGAUUCUUAUCAUUCACACAUGCUGUUGGGCGCCCUACUUAUGCGUGGCAUUGACCCAGGCGAUGAAUGGUGGUAAAAUAUAUUACACAGGAAAAUUUCCAAUCCAUUUUGUCGCCUUGGUGGUGGCAUUGACGGGUACCGCGCUUAAGGGAGUUGUCUCGUGCUUUGAGUUACCUGAUUUGAAAGAAUCGAUCAAGAAACAGUUUGGAUGCGUGGAGCAGGAGGAAAGUGAGGGGAAUACGACCAGAAUAUUCGAAGUUUAAGCAAAGAUGUACAAACUUCCGAAAAGCAUUUUGUGGGAGGGGUAGGUGAAUCCUUGAGGGCUUGCGCCGGCUUAACGGCUCAGAAAAUUAGAUUGUAAUCACGUGUAAACAACAACAACUUUAGUCUAGAUGAACUUUAGGAGUAGUUUUAAAGCUACAUCAUCAAAAAUUUAUAAAGAUUGGCCAAAAAGGCCGUUGAAUGCCUGUGUCUUAACAAUGCACCAAAUUACGGUGUAUCUGGUUUUUACGCAUAUAACCUUACCUUUAACAGAACAGUACACCCACAUAUCGAAUGCAUUUACUGAGGCUCUAGAGGGUUUUAGUAUUUUUGUAUAGUGGUCAGAAGCUUAAAUCGGUCUCACAGUUGAAAUAUAAACAUCCGCGGACAGGUAUACCGCUAAUAGCCAAACAAACCUUGUAAUUUCUCAUUUUUGCUUAGCCGAAAAACUAAAAAGCUGUAUUACAGUAGCUAUGCUAUAUAAGAAAUUUUUCUUAUUUGAAAGUAUAAUUUUGUAAUAUCA